GUUUCUCCAAACCAUCCAUAGACUGCAUUGAACAGUGAGAGUUCCUCCAUGCACACCCAGCAUCUAGUCCUGCCAUGGCACAUGAUUCUGAUUCAUUCCAGAGGGAAAUUAUAUACCCCACUCACUCACGGGGCUCCAGCAGUGACAUCAGCACUGCUAACCGCCUCCUGAGCAGGCAGAACCGGCUAGUGAAUGGGAACCACCGAGACUUCCGUACUUCGUCCCCCAUGGGAAGAGUUAUCCUCAUCAAUACACCCCUUGAAGCUAACAGUGAUGAGAGUGAUGCCAUUAAUGCUCUUACGGUGGAAAAGAGCACAGAUGGGAAGCUGGGCUUCAGUGUGCGUGGAGGCUCGGAGCAUGGCCUGGGUAUCUUCGUCAGCAAAGUGGAGGAGGGCAGCAGUGCGGAACAGGCUGGGCUGUGUGUUGGAGAUAAAAUCACAGAGGUGAAUAGUGUGAGCUUGGAGAACAUUACAAUGGGAAGUGCAGUCAAAGUCCUGACGGGGAACAACCGGCUGCGUAUGGUCGUGAGACGCAUGGGCAAAGUGCCAGGGAUAAAGUUCUCCAGAGAAAAGACCACAUGGGUCGAUGUGGUAAACAAACGCCUGAUUGUGGAAAGGAGCGGUUCAACUCCAUCAGACACCAGCUCUGAGAUUGGAAGGUGGCGGAUUGUUCACCUCUAUACUACCUCUGAUGACUACUGCUUGGGUUUCAACAUCCGUGGAGGAAAGGAGUAUGGUCUUGGUAUCUAUGUCUCCAAAGUAGAUCCCGGCGGGCUUGCUGAGUAUCAUGGGAUCAAGGUUGGCGAUCAAGUCCUUGCAGCCAACGGAGUCAAGUUUGACGACAUCAGCCAUAGCAAGGCAGUGGAAGUGCUAAAAGGACAGACUCACAUCAUGCUGACCAUCAAGGAGACGGGGAGGUUCCCGGCAUAUAAAGAAAUGGUGGCCGAGUAUUGCUGGCUCAACAGAUUGACCAAUGGCCAGUUGCAGCAGCUGUCCCAGACCUCUGCAUCCAGCUCAUCUGUGUCAUCCUACUCCUCAGGGACCCCCUUCAGCUCCAUGAAUGGCCUGUUCAUGGCCCCAAUCCCCAGCUCAGCUCCAAGUUGCAUGGUGGAUGUUGGCAUCUCCACUGAACUGCCUGUCUGGAGCCGCUCCUCAGACAGGGCAGAGACUGCCAUGCAGACUGAUCCCCUGCCUGACGGAGCCUUCUUUUCGGGGAGCCUGGUGACUGAGACCCGUCGGAUUGUGCGGCCCAUGGAAAUCCUUAAAGAUACAGCCAUCCGCACUGAGAGCCUCAAAGAUUCCUUCCACCUGAAGAAGCACCUGCCCUUUUCUAGCAAUGAGAUGACAGAACCCUCCCCUAAAACUGCCCUCCUUCUGGCCCUCAGUCGUCCACGGCAGCCCAUCAAGAGAUCGCAGAGCUAUCUGACUAUCUGUGAUGAGAAACGCCAGAAGAAGAAAGAAAAGCCAGUAUCCUCUGAGAAGAAAGCUACCCUCAAGCGCUCCAAAACCCUUAUGAACCUGUUCUUUAAAAGCACACGGUCAGGGAAGCCAAGCUGGGCAGCUGGGUCACCAGAGACACAGAGGCGGGCCAAGUCACCGGCACGGUCUGACACUGAGAAAGAAAAAGGCCGCCCUUUUGCCUCCUUGGGCUCAUCUCCCCAGUACAAUGGCAGCGAGUGCAGCAAAGUCACCGAGAGUCACCUGCUGCUCGUAGAGGACAUGGCCAAGAAGCUGCUUGUGGAGGAUGAGGUGGCAGCUGUGCUGAGACACUGCACGCGGUACAUCCAAGAAGGUGGGGUGGAAGAUCUGGUGAGGCCACUGCUGAUGAUUCUCGACCGGCCCGAAAAAUUGCUUCUUCUCAGAGAUAUCAGGAGUGUGAUCGCCCCCACAGAUCUGGGCCGUUUCGACAGUAUGGUUGUGCCAGUAGAGCUUGAAGCCUAUGAUGCACUGAAGAGCAGAACAGUAAGGUCGCCUGCUCUCCGCCCAGCACAGCACGAAACACCUCCAAAAAGACAUCUGAUCACCCCAGUGCCUGAUUUCCGGGGCGGCUUCCUUCUGAAGCCAGUGACCAAUGAAGAGAAAGGAGAGGAGGUGGAGAUGGUGCUGAGAGAUGGAGUGAAAGGGCUGCAGCUCUCUCCCAGCAGCCCUAGAAGGACUCGUCCCCGAAGCUACACGCCUCUUCCUGACGUGCCUGUGGAUGCCUACCCUUCCCACAGCAUCCCCUCCUCAGCAGCUGGUGGCAAGCAGCCCCACUGGAUUCUCAGCAAGCCCACAAAAAUGUCAAUGAGCCCCACACGCACAGCACUGCCCGGGGAAGAACUAGGGCAAUCCUUAGAGCAAAGGGACAGGCGGCCUGGCAGAGGGAGGCCUCAUACGCAGAGGUCAAGCCACGGCAAAGCCACAGCGUGGGGGCCGCAUGGGGAAGUCCAGCCUGCCAAGGACACCCUGUACUCAGUGAUCAACAGGCCACGCAGAGCUCGUCCCCCGCUCUCACAGCUCUUCCAGGAGGCACCGGCCUCUGGCAAGGUGGUGCAAGCAGAGGCAGGGGAGAGCCCCCCGGAGGGUCUGCUCCAGAAUGGCCCCAGUGACAUUCAGGAGGAGGAAUAUGAGCUGGUGACUGUCAGCCUGUCCAAGAGUAAGCAGUCUCUGGGGAUCAGCAUUUCAGGUGGGAUAGAGUCCAAAUUGCAACCAAUGGUGAAGAUUGAGAAGAUUUUUCCUGGGGGAGCAGCAUCGCUGAGCAGAAAACUGGAGGCAGGCUUUGAGCUGGUUGCAGUGGAGGGGGAGAGUUUGCAGAACGUGACGCACCAACGAGCUGUGGAUAUAAUCCGCCAGGCCUAUCGCAACAAAGCCAAGGAGCCCAUGGAGAUUGUGGUGAAGGUGCCGAAGAAAGCAAAAUAAGGCCAUGGGCCAAGCAAUGUGCCCUGAAAAAUGUGGCCAGCUCAGGCCUUAGAAAUGGCUCCCAGCCCCAUUGUCAGCAAAAUACCUGUUUAUGAUGGCUGCCUAUUGCACAGAAAGGUAAUGGUACCAGUGAAGCAAGCUACUGGCUAGGUUAAUAAAAAGAACAGCCACUUAGCAAGCAGGGGGCUUAAGAUUAGCUUCCAAUUUCUAGGGGAAAGUGGGUAAAGUAACAGCAGGGAAGUGCAAGUGAACAGCACCCAGUCGACAAGAACUGGGCGUUUUGUUCUCAAAAUCCACAAAGAUGCUUUUAUAAACAGCUAUAAUUGGGACAACCUCUACCAACAAACUUCUUGCUGGAACAAGAAGAGGGGAAAAUGUCGUUUUUGACAUGUAGAGCUUUGUAUGACUCUCUCUUAUGAAUGGAGGUUUUUGGAUGACAAGCCCAGUUCCAGCUCCCAAGAGGGGAAAAAAGGAAUAUGAAGAGACAUCAGAAUGUAGGCUUGGCACCUGGCCAGCUUUAAACCAGCCUGGCCACUUUUUGGACAUUGGCUAACUCAGCUUCAACAUUAGGCAAUGGCACAAUUUUAAACAUAUCUGCAAGUGAGUCGUGGAAUUCUUUUUCUAUUCUUUAGGACAGACAAUCUGAAGGUCCAGAUCAUAAAUGCAGGAAACUGGGCUUAAUAUAUUAUCUCAACACUUUCUUCCAUUGAAACUCUAAUGCUAAAUCCAUAGUGAGUGAAGAACAAACCAGUAGCAGGCCUAGGAGGAGACAUAUAACAAAGCAAGCUGGGGGUCAGUUUCCAUCUAGGCUCAGAGCCACUCUGCAAUGACCAUGAUGAUGGACACAAGCAAGCAAGCAGAGGACACACUUGAGAAAAAGAUCCUCUUCUCUGUGGUAUUCUUUAAACCCUGGGUGGGGAGGACCUACAGAGGAUCCCCAUCCUGGAAUCCAAAUGGUCGCUUCCAAGCAUGCCUCUGCUAUUGCCUAAUAAAGAUCUGCUAAGGGAAAGGGAUAGACCUGUCCUCUUCUCAUCUCUGAGCUGAAGCUGCUAAUUUGGAUCAGAGAUCACUGAUUUCCUAAAAGACAAGGCAGUAUGUUCCCUAUGGAGUCAUUGCCAGGCAUUUUUACAAGAUGCUGCCACAUGUAUUUUACAAGCCACUGGGUGAAGGUGGCAGUGGUGAACAAAGGUGCAUUUGGACCCAGUUUUUAUACAGCAACAAGCGCAGGGGUGUGCAAGUGCAAGACCACCACCACCCUGCUUCCCACCUUUCGUCGUUCAUCAUUGGAACAAUUCCAUCCCAUCCUCCCAUACUCUGCUGCCGGCACCCAUCAAACCACUGUGUGGCUUUUCUUAAAAACACAGAUGUCUUAUCUUGUUUUUUAAUUCACACUUUUGUUUUGGUUUGUACAAGAAAUUUACACAGCUUGGAAAAUAUACAAU